GCUCCGCAACGGGAGAGGCCACAACAGUGAGAGGCCCACGUACCGCAAAAAAAAAAAAAUAAUAAGAUCUUGCAGUAUUUGUCUUUCUGUGUCUGACUUACAACCUAAAGUCACCUCCUAUAAUGUCCAUCCCUUCGGGAAGAAUAUCAAGGAUCUGUACGAGGUUGCCCACUCUCUUCCCCGCCUCCCAACGGAACUUUGCACUCCCCUUCCAUCCUCCCCUAGCAACAUGCCCUCCCUGUUUGAGCCUAUUAGCAAGAAUUUGGUCAAAGAGCUUGGAGACAAAGACCUGAGGCCUGUCAAAUACCUGUUGAGCACCAACAAAUUCCGUCAGCUGGCGCUAUUAUAGAAGAAGAAGGGGACGCACGCACAGUUCUGGGGACAGCCUACUGUUCCAGUAGAAUACAUCACGGAUAUCCUGGAGCCAAGUUCUUCAGUCCCAGGUAGUGUCAACCAGGGACGAAGGAGGCAAGGAGUGAAAAACAAGGGUGCUCAGAUAGAUUCUUGGUGCGACAGCCAAGAACCCCUAAGACACCCGCACAGAUGCCUGAGGACAGGCUUCAAGCACCUACAAAAGGAGGUUUGCAGGGAAAUGGAGGCAAUGGCCCAGCUCCCAAAGGACACUCAGGAUGCUAUUCUCCACAAUAUCCUGGCCAGGCUCAAGGACCAAGAGGCUCUGCAGGACCUCAUGGACUUGUUGGAUCGGGGCCCCUCGGAUCAUCCGGACAGCUUUGGUGGUACCUUCCUAAGUGAGAUGCAAGAGGACUCAAGAAAUCUAUGGCUCAAGUUAAGACUGCACCUCAUGUCCCUCCUUAAAGCCAUAUUGGGGCUGAGUGACACCCAACACGAGCUACUGGCCUGGUCCAUGGAGAAGAGGAUCCUUCUCCAGCAGCGGGCGCUGGUGAAGAGCAUCCUGGAGCCCAACUUCAAGUACCCUUGGAACAUCCCCUUCACCCUGGACCCCAAGCUCCUCACCCCGCUGCAGGUAGAGGGGUUGGCCGUCACCUUCAGCCUGCUGGAGGAGUGCAGCCUGAGGGUGGCUCCCGACAGCCCCAAGGGGACCUGAGACCUGGAGGCCAAGAAGCCGUUGUUCACCCUGUACGGGUCCCUCUCAGUGCCGCAGCAGCUGGCCAAGGCCUGAGCCCUCCCCCGGGCGCUCAGUCCAGAGAGGCCUGGCCACACCCCCGUCUGUGCUGUGAGCAUCCUUGGUGCUCAGGGAGCCUGGGGCCAUGCUUCUCUGCCUCUCCAGUUUGGGUGCACAGGGACCAACAAAGACUCGAGGGAACAUUCUGGGGUGACAGAGAUACUCUGUAUCUUGUAAAAGGUUUAUGCAUUUGUCAAAACUCAACAGAUAGCAUCUAAAAAUGUGAGCAUUUUACUGCGUGUUAAUUUUACUUCAAAGCAAUGUACACAAAUAUUGAACUCUCGUUAAUAUGCACUCUGAAUUGUAUUGGGUAAAGUGUACUGAUGUCUGUAACUUACUUUGAAAUGUAUCAGAAAAUAAGGUGAAUUGAUGGAUGGAUAAAUAUGUGAUCAAGGAAAUGUGGUGAAAUAUUUAAAACAGGAGUUCUUUUUUAUUCUUGAAAUGUUUUUGUGUGUCUGGAAUUGUUUCAAAAUAAAAAUUACCCCCCCCACACACACAAUUAUAUCUGUGUGUCCAUCAGUCAUCCUGUGAGUGUUCCUGACUGUGCCUUCUGAGCUGUGGGUUAGGUUCUUCAUCAUUUAAGGAAGAUUCACUCAAUAUCAUUAAACACGUUAUACAUUC